AUGGCUAGCAAGAGAUCAACACAAGUGCAGCUUCAUUGCGGCCAACCCUGGAACAAUCAGAAGAAAAGGUCUCCUGAAAAGAUGGGUAUCACAAUCCCACCUCCAGUCCUACCAACUAUGGCCAGAACUCGAUUGGGUACAGCUUUGACAAAAGUGGUUAACGUAUCCGUACCAACAUCGUGCUAUCAUAAAAACCAAAAACACGAAUGA